GCGAUAGCAAACGAAAUUCGAAUUUCGAAAGGGCGGAGCCGCGGGCGGAACAUGGCGUGUUUCGUUUUUUGAAUUAACUACUUUAUAUGUAUAAAUUUAUUAUUUAAAGCUAAAUUUCCUAAAUGCUAAUACAUACGUCUUGUACCUUGAAUACUUGACAGAGGGAACGGUCCGAAUUCGUAAGAACUGGAAAUUUAACUCGUAUUCAAAAACUUAUGGAACAGUAUAGUUUGUAAAAGAAUAAAACAAAUGAUUCGCCUGUGAAUUAAAAUGAAGUCGUUACUCUAUUUAUUUGUUUUCACAAUUUCGUGUUUAUUAACGCCGAUCUCAUCUGAAUGUGAAAUCCCAAUCGUAUUGAGGAAUUCGUGGUUUUCUUUUGAAAAUGGACAGCAAACUACUACUGACAUCAAUGCCAAUGAGAUGACUGGAAGGGGUGUUUGUGUGAACAUCAAAGCUCAGUCCCAGUCAAACUAUACAAUGGUGUUUAAGUACACUAAAUGUUAUUAUUGUGUGAAACUUAUUGUGAGAACUGUAAAUGUCCUUGAGAAAAUUGAGACGCCAUGUGUGAACCUGGCACCAAAUGAGGAACCUACUGUUGACAGAGUCUGUAAGGAUCUUAAUCCGGACCAAUAUCUUAUUACAUUGUUUGCAGAAAAUUUUGUUCCAGUUAAUUGUCGGUCUUCACUAGAAGGUGUAUGGCAGUUUGCGUACCAAAACAGGUUUAGAUUCACUGGUGAAUGCAGCAAUCCAGAGGCUCAGAUAAGGUCCUGCCAGACAGCUGGUACACAAUUCUUGAUCACAAACCAGAAGUUUAACAUUACAUACAGAAAAUGUCCAGGAAUGUCAGGAACAUUUGACGGUGUUGUGGAAUUCAGUUGUUUAGGACACUGGUUUGUGAAUAAAAAUCAAUUCUUUGCUGUGGCGAAUACAAAGGAGUCGCGUAAAGACGAACGUUUUCGUUGUUUCUUAAGAAACAGAGAUGAUGAUUUGUACAUUGGAGCCUCUAUAACCCCGCAGUGCAGUACUUUGAAAACAGUAGAGAAGUCCCCAGAGAGAUACCGUAUUACACCAGUAAAGGCAGAAGUCGUAGAACCAGGUUGUCGUUUGCCGAAAAAUUUCUCUGGCGAUUGGAUAAAUACCGCUAAUAUUGAUGCUGAUGUGUUCAUUAAUGAGACGCACAUUAUAGAGACUUAUUAUCCUGAUGAAAGUCGGUACCGACGCACAAUUUAUGUAUGCAGAGAACAAAGAGACAGCAGGGUGAUGAUGGCCCGGCUCACGGUGGAUGGUUGCCAGAAGGAUUAUGUUUGUUAUGAUUUUGUACCACAACAUCAUAAUGUCAUUAGAUAUCGCAGGGGCUUGGCGAUGACCCAAAACAACUUCCACACAGUGUGUUCAUGGGUCCAAUUCCAGAACAAACGCAACUGGCGCUACGACAUAUUCCUAAAGAAGGAUCCCUCACCAAUCCGUUGCCCGGUUGCCGGCAAAUUUAACUUCACACAAAAGGGAGAUGUUAGAUUUGAAAGCAGAAUUCUGGGUGGUGUAACAUUAAGUCCACGACCAAAUCUGUACUGUAAAAUAAAUAUAAGUGAUUUCUCGGCAUGUGACGUUGAACAGAAGACCAUUGAGAUUAAGGAAAACUAUUGUUUGUCUGUGGAUCACUUGGGUCGGCCGGUGGACAUCUACAGUGAUCCCGAUUACAGAAUGAAGUGUAUAGGAUAUUGGAAAGAGAAUCUCAAGUCAUAUUUGAUAACUUAUGACGAGUUGGACCCAUUCUCUAAAUAUCGCUGCUGGGUUUAUCAAAGAGCUGAUCUUAACAGAGUUCUCAUGUCGCAAGCUCUUGGACCCUACUGUGAUUUAAAACAAGAUGUCACCUCAUGGAACUACACGGAAGGUGCAGCAGUAGCUAUUGAAAUGGAAGAAUACGAAAGAGAGAGAGACCAGUGUCCAAUGCAUUUUGAUGAUGGCAGCGACCCCUGGACUUCUCAAGAGAAUUACCUUAAACUUUUCAAGUUUAGUUAUUCAUUUUGGAGACAUAACGGGGCUUCAGUCAUUCGAACAUCUGAUUUAAUAUUUGUCAUAGCUUUAAUCCCAUUCUUAAAGUGCCUUAUUUCAUAGAUAUAAGCUAAGUCUUAUAAAUUUUAUUUUUGUUUAAGUAAAUAUUUUAGAGUUCACAAAUUAUUUUUUUUUAAAUAUGACACUGAAAUUAUAAGUUCACUUGGUAAUUUUAUAAUAUGAAGUUACAUGUUAAUUGUAUAGAACUUAACUAUUAAGAGCUUGU